AAUGUAACGGCUACUACAUCUGUUCCCGCUCUUUCCAUUUUCCCUCUCUCUGUUUUUUCAGUCAUAACUAUUUCUUAAUACAGUAUAAAUAUACUGCUCUGCUCUGCAUAUUACCCAUUCAAAAAAAAAUCAUCUUCAUCUUCUUCAUUUCUCUGCAAUUUUCGAUCCAAAAAAAAUGCCGAAAGUCGAUGCUCUCCGUCGAUUUCUCCUCCCCUGUUUCAAUUCAACACCCACAUCCCCAGCACCACCGGCGCCGCUCACAAUCUCCACCAAAAAACGCCUGAGUACCUCACUGCGUGACGAUCUCGACGACUCAAAACAAGAAAAGAAAUUCGAAGAAGAUCAAGAAGAUUCAUACCCAACAACCCCAAUCAGCACUACAAACACCACCAGCAGCGCCUCCGGCUCCGCAAUUUCACUCUCAGCUCCACCGCGUUCUUCUAAAACAAUGGUAAUCGGAACAAUCUUCGGCCAACGCCGCGGUGGACAUGUAUGGUUCUGCGUACAACACGAUCGUCUCAACACGAAGCCUUCACUUCUUCUAGAACUUUCCAUUCCAACCACAACCCUUAUUCAAGAAAUGCGAUGUGGAUUAGUCCGAAUUGCCCUUGAAUCAUCGGAUUCGGAGCUGAACCGUUGCCCGCUCCAUUCAAUUCCAAUGUGGACUCUGUUCUGUAAUGGGAGAAAAAUCGGGUUUGCGGUUCGGAGACGGGCGACCCAACAGACCCGAAUUAUGUUGAAGACGAUGCAGUCAAUGACAGUCGGGGCGGGUGUAAUUCCGUCGGGUUUGGUUUCGGGUACCGAAUCUGAAGAAGUGUUGUAUAUGAGAGCUAACUAUGAGUGUAUUAUUGGUGGUGCGGAUUCGGAGUCUUUUCAUUUGAUUAACCCCGAUGAAGGUCCGGGUCAAGAAUUCAGUAUAUUUUUGCUUCGAUCCAAAUAA